AUGGGCUCAGAGGACAGCGUGUGGAUUUUUGACUCCCUAGUGGGUUUCUUAAAUGGCCCCGUUUGGCAGGGGCCAAUACAAACAUUUAUUGAAGAAAAUUGUCACGCUUUUGAAACUCAUAUGGUUCAUGACCAAUCCCAUAAAAAAUUAUUUGAAGAAUACCGUAACUUGGUCGAUUUAAUGUUAGGUAGUUAUAUGGACGAUAUUGGAAUAACACCUCAACAGUUUGAAGAUGCAUGUAAUUUACAGCAUAAUCAAGGAUUAGCACAACAUUUUGAUUACGCAGUUUUUGAGCAAAUUUGGGCUGCAAACGACUUUGAACUGUUCAAACGAAUGAUGAUCCAAAGAAACUUAGAAAUACAACUACAAACUUUGCAAUUAAUGAGUCAAAAUGUAAAAGAUUCUUCUGAAAAUGAAUCUCCAGAAACACCAAGUGUAACAACGUCUACCGACAAAGCACAGCCACAAGAAGGAAAGCCGAAACUCAAACAAAAAAUGAAAUUAUUGCCCGAAAAAAUUGAACUUCCACCAUUAAAACUUUACGAAGAAAAGGGGAUGCUGGAGGAUGACUUGUUUGAACAAGCUUCUUCUCAUGAAGAAGAUAAAAACAAAGAUGAAAAUAAAAUAGAAGAACUCGAAAACGAAAUAAAGUCACUAACAACUACAACACAGAAAAAUAAGGUAAGUAGUGCUGAAAUUCGGAAACGUCAAGAAUAUUUAAGAGCCCAGAGAGAUAAAUUGGUGGCCCUGAAGAAAGCCGAAAGAAAAAAGAAAUUAUCAAAUGAAAACCAGGAGGAUCCGAAGAAGACUGGUGGAAGACCGAAAUCUGCAAGAGCCGCAGAAUCGUUAUUAACUGGAUCAGAUAUCCAAGAAGUGGAACAGCAACUAAAAAUACGAAAACAUUUGGCAGAAAGAUUGAGAACAGAGUUAAUAAAUAAUAAAGAAUAGUCAUUUACUGUUUAUUUAAACAUAUAUUUACGCUAUUUAACAUAAAUAUACAUCGAAAUCUAUAAAAUUCGUUAAUUGCAAAUUAAUUAAUGUUACUGUUAUUGCUGUUGUUAGGUGUCAGAAUGUAAAAUGUAUUAUA